AUGGAUAUCGACUUUAUGAAGCUUUCUGCUGCAGAAGAUAACAUGGAAAUGAUGCUUAUGGAGAUGGGCAAGCUCCCCGAUUUUUCCGGCGAUGCCUAUGAUGAUGAAGAUGCCGCCGCCAUUUUCGACAAUCUUGAUUUCUAUGCCAAUCACCAGCAUCCUUCCAGCAUGUCGUCCGCCGGCGGGGCCCACCACGACCCUCCGGCGGCGGCGGCGCAGUAUCUCCACCACCCGGGUUCAGGCGGCGGCGGCGGCGGGGGCAGAUGGAAAUCCGACGGCGGGCAUGGGAAGCGGAACAGCUCGAAUAAUAAUAAUAUGGCUGCGAUGAGGGAAAUGAUAUUCAGAAUUGCGGCGAUGCAGCCGGUCCAGAUCGACCCGGAGGCGGUGAAGCCGCCGAAGAGGAAGAACGUCAAGAUAUCCACCGACCCACAGAGCGUGGCGGCGCGCCACCGCCGCGAGAGGAUAAGCGAGCGGAUCAGAUUCUCCAGAGGCUGGUCCCCGGCGGGACCAGAUGGACACUGCUUCCAUGCUCGACGAGGCUAUUCACUACGUCAAACAUUCCAAGCUUCCACUUCUCAGCCUAUGAUCUGCAAGAAAACCAACUACAAGAGCACUGAAGAAAAUGGGUUACUGGGUUAG